AUGGAGCUGGACUUCGGCCAUUUUGACGAACGGGACAAGUCAUCUCGAACCCCGCGUGGUGGGCGGGCCAACGGGCUCCCUAGCCCCACCCACAGUGCCCACUGCAGCUUUUACCGCACGCGCACACUCCAGGCCUUAACCAAUGAGAAGAAAGCUAAGAAAGUGCGGUUUUACCGUAACGGUGACCGCUACUUUAAGGGCAUUGUGUACGCUGUGGCGACCGACCGCUUCCGCACGUUCGACGCUCUCCUGGCCGACCUUACCCGAUCUCUCUCCGACCACAUCAACCUGCCCCAGGGCGUUCGCUUCAUAUUCACCAUCGACGGCUCACGCAAGAUCACCACCCUGGAUGAACUGGAGGAAGGAGAGAGCUAUGUGUGCGCAUCAGAAAACUACUACAAAAAGGUUGACUACACGAAGAACGUGAAUCCAAACUGGUCUGUGAACGUGAAGGCGUCGGCCAGCCAGAGGAACAUGCAGUCUCUGGCGAGCCGUGCGGCCUCUGAGAUGAGGGAGAGUAAAGACUUCAUCAGGCCCAAGCUGGUGACCAUCAUGAGGAGCGGCGUGAAGCCCAGGAAGGCGGUGCGGGUCCUGCUGAAUAAGAAAACAGCCCACUCCUUCGAACAGGUCCUCACCGACAUCACCGAGGCCAUCAAACUGGAGAGCGGGGUGGUCAAGAGGAUUUACACACUGGAUGGUAAACAGGUGACCUGUCUGCAGGACUUCUUUGGUGAUGACGACGUCUUUAUCGCCUGUGGACCAGAGAAGUUCCGUUAUGCACAGGACGAUUUCUCUCUGGAUGAGAAUGAAUGCAGGGUGAUGAAGGGACCCAAAGCCAGUGGUCAGAGAGGUUCUGCUAAGAGUCCUGGUCCGGUCCGACGCAGCAAAUCUCCUGCUGAAUCCACAAAUGGGACUGGUUCCAGUAGCCAGCUGUCCACUCCCAUCUCUAAGCAGUCUCCUAUUUCCACCCCGACCAGUCCUGGCAGCGCCCGCAAGCAGAAGGACCUUUACCUGCCCCUCUCUCUGGAUGAUGACGAUUCACAGGGGGAGUCUAUGUAG